AACUCAACCACCGAGUCUUAUCGAUAAGAACAGACGUCCAUCGUACCUCGGCAUCUAUCGGGAAAAGUACUCCAACUCUCCCUCUCCGCUCACGAAAUCUCCGACCGAACAUGCGUCUCAGCCAAUUCCUCGAUUCUUCUUUGCUCCUCUUACACUUGCUAUCCCACAUACCAUGAUACGAUAAUAACGCAAUCCACCGAACCCACGUUGAACGUUCGCACCUCCAUUACCCUCAAUCCUUCCAUCCAACCGGCUCCCACCGCCCACUCUCACCGACAAUGACCCCCAAGAACCCGCCCAAAGCCAUCCUCUUCGACAUCGGCGGCGUCUGCGUCGUCUCCCCCUUCCAAGCCAUCCUCAACUACGAGCGGGAAAACCACAUCCCCGUCGGCUGGAUCAACUUUGCGAUCCAAAAGGGUCCCCACGACACGGGCGCAUGGCAAUUGAUUGAGCGCGGCGAGGUGGAGCUGAACGAUGAGUGGUUUGAGAAGUUCCGGGCGCAGCUGAGCGUGCGGGAGCAUUGGGUGGAGUUUGUGGAACGGGAGAGGGCGAAGGGGAAGGGGAGGGAGUUGGGGAUUGGGGAGGUGGGGGAGGCGGUGCCGGAGGUGCCGGGGGUGGAUGCGAAGAAGUUGUUUUGGAGGAUGAUGAGACUCUCCCGCACCCCCGACCCGCACAUGUACCCCGCUCUCCGCCGCCUCCGCCAACACCCCACCCUCAUCCUCGCCGCACUCUCAAACACCAUCGCCUACCCCCCCAACAUCGUCGACGACACCGGCGCCCCCUUCCAAAAGGGCCUCAUCCACGCCCCAUCCCCCAACCCCUACGCCAACGACUCCCCCGACAUCGCAGACUGCUUCGACGUCUUCAUCUCGAGCGCGCACGUCGGCCUGCGCAAGCCCGAUCCCCGGGCUUACGAACUCGCGGUGCGCGAGUGCGAUCGCGUGGCUAGGGCGAAGGGGUUGCCGGGGAUAGAGGCGGGGGAUGUAUUGUUUUUGGAUGAUAUUGGGGUCAAUUUGAAGUGGGCUAGGAGGAGUGGGUUGAGGACUAUCAAGGUUGAGUUGGGGAGGACGGGGGAGGCGGUGAGGUUGUUGGAGGUGGAGACGGGGUUGAGGUUGAGUGGGGAGGGGGAGGGGGGGGGGGGGGGGGGGGGGGGGGGGAAGGCGAAAUUGUAG